ACUUUCAGAGGUUGUGAGUUCGCUGCUCCUUCAGCUAGCCAGUCCAUUUUGGUGCAAUCUUAACCCCCAAAAAAAUUCCUUGCUAGCACACAAGCAGGUUGGUCUGUGGCGGUUUGAGAAGCUUAUAUGGGGUGGGGAAGUAAGGGAUUAGUUGGGUUAUGAACUAAAAAUUGGGUGGGAGGUUAGGUGAAGAACUGUUGGAAAGCCAGAGCUGAGUAUCUGGUUAAAAUGGUUAGCUACACCACAACAAAAUUAAGACCCCCAAAAAGUAGGUAUACAUACUAACUUCACUAACCUAGAGAUAAAUUCGGAGAAUUUGAAUUAGUGCAAACUUUACAAUUUUUCACAGUACAGUAAAACACAAUUGGGUUCUAAUAAAGGUUACCAUUUCUAUUAGACCUGCAUUACAAAUAACAUUAUCCUAAAUCUUAAAGUCUUUUAUCAAAAGGAUUAAUUUCCAGACCCAGAAAUCAAAGGCACUUUAAAAAAGUCAUGUUCCCUGUCUCCCACAUUUUCGUUACUCAAAAACACCCUGGAAUUCAGAGACAGAAAACUUUUUUUUUUAAUUCAGUAAAAACGACACCACCUGCCUGAAUUUGAUGAGUUUCUGACUGCGUGGCGCUUGAAAUAAUACAUUUGUGCUAUAUAUGCAUUUCUUCUCUCCUUUUUUUUAACCCUUGGUAGUGAGGUGUUCUUUUCUAGGCCUCCUUCACCCUCCCGCCCUCCGCAUUCUACCUUUCCAAGGCAUGGGAAGGUGCAUCCUCGCUGGGGUUCCUGCCAGCGCCUCCUUAGUACCUCUGGCCAGCAGCCGGUGAAACGACGCGCCCUGGACAUCCAUUAACGUUUAUACUACAUCUCUGCCGCACCCCCCAAAGCUUCUCCUGUUACCGCCGCCCCACGCUCCCCCACUCGCCUGCACACUGGCAAGCACAUUGGGGGGAAAUUUUGGAACAGAAGCUCCGCCCAUCCUCCGCUCUCCCGCCUGCACAAAACCGGGCUCAAAUACCCCACCUCGGGCCGCCGAACGCGAGACUCCGCCUGCAGCUGCCGCCUUUCGGAUCCACCUUAAAUCUUCAGUGGACUCAGCGCAGGGGUCAGUGGGCGCAGCCAAUGCCAAUCAAGUUUACAACCACCAGCACGGGAGGGGGAAAAAAAAAGAGGAAAAAAAUAAUCUGUAAGUUCUCCAGUCCACACGCACAGUCACACGGACGCACGCACUCACAGACACUAACACAAAAAAGGAAGGAGGGGGUGGGGGGCCGGGCGCGCCAGAGAAAGGGAAGAUGUUUGCAAAAUGCUGCUCUGAGCUCGGCGCCCGUGGCCCGAGCGCUCGGGGAAGGCGCGCGGGAGGCGCGGCCCGGCGCGAGCGCCAUGAUGGUCGCCGCGGAUCGGGGCCUUUUCUGGAGGGGGAGCUGCAAUGAUGCAAUCCCCCGGCCCGCGUCCCGGCUGCGCGCCCUGCUCCUGCCUUUUCUUAACGUUCCUUUACAGGCACGUCGACGUUUCGCGCCCAGCACGCGUCGAUAUUUUUCUGUAUUUUUUUACUUUCCGAUUCCUGCGCACUCUGCGUGUGUCCCCACGCGAGACAGGCCUGGGGCGCGGGUGACCGCGCGGGACGAGUUUACGUGUAAACGCUCCACUUUCGGUUCCGCUGGGUCUGACGGAGGCUGACCCCACCCCGCCCCACCCCCAAGCGAGCCGAGGCCCCGAAGGUCCCCCAUCCCGGGGCGGGGGCUUCUAGCGUGACCGUGGGCCCUGUUUCCCUGCCCCACCCCCACCCCCACCCCCAGCUUCGCUUGCAGGAUUUUUACCUUGAUUUUGGCCCGGAGGGAGGGGACCGGGGCGCAGGGUGUGGCUCAGGUGAAGGAGAUGGCAAAUCAGAAAAAGAAAUUCAUACUCCGCAAAAUUGAUCAGAGAUCCUAGACGAGAUUUUAGGACAUAUUUUGCAAGCCGGAAAAGCUUGUGAAGAGCAAGUGUCUACGGUAACGAUGAUGAAGGUGACAUGGCGAAGGCAGCGUUCCCGGCCGCCAGGAAAGGUCGCUCGGCGCGGCCCGGGGCGGUGGGCGCACCUUGGCCUGAAAGGCCGCCCACCCCGCUCCCCUUGUCGAUUUCCUUGGUACCCUCUGUCCCCCAGUCAUACCCCUGGACCCACAUUUCCCUAGUUCUUUCCUGCGCCGGUGCCCCGCACAGGAUCGAAGUGGAUGCGCUGGGGAAACCCUGCAAAGCGGGUGUAGGGGAGGAAGCGACCCCCGCAAGCGGCUGUGGCGCUCGGCCCUUCAGCGCGCGGCUGCGGCCCUCUAGGGCGGCCGGCGAGCCGGGAAGCCUUUCGAAAUGCGCGGGGCUGCGGAUCAUUGGAGCCCGGGGUGGGGGUGGGAGCGGGCUGCCCUGGAGGGUCCACAAAUUCGGAAAGGUUCUCCCCUUCGCUCAAAUGCCCCAAGCGCCCUGGGAUGGGCAGGGUGCUGCUUUGAGGGUCCGAAUGUGGAGAAGAAUGGGGGUUUUCGCUUCUUUCGGAGCCCAGACGAGAGGUGAUGAAGGAGGAAAAUUUCUGAGCAACCGCCCAACCCCGCUGCGCGGGCCGAGGCGCAGCCGCCCUCCACGGCCUGCGGGCGCCCGAGCGCGGGAACUGCGCCCAGAGACCCGGACGGUGCGGGAGCUGCAAGUUGCAGCCAAGGAACGAGACUCACUGGCCAACUUGUCCCAAGGCGACAGCCAGCCAGGCCCGCAAAUGCCGCGGCUGGCGGGCGCGGGACUGCGGGACAGUUUGAGGAGACGACGGCGCAGUGGCCCGGGUAGCGGGGCAGGGGUGGCUGGCGCCAGCGGCCGCAUCCCUCUGAGGGACGCUCACGGCGGGCCCCGCAGUCCGGAGCCCGCGUCAGGACGUUCCAAACCCCUGGGACGCAUUUGAAGACUUGACACAGACGUGUAAAGGAUCGACCCAGUGACGGGGGGCGGGGGGGCUGCGUUCCUGUGAACGUGCCUAGGGCGGCAAGCAUCCACUUCUUGCUGGCCCUGCACGCCUAAAAUGCAAUCUCUGAAAAUUCACAUUACAGAUGUCUCUUUAGGAAAGGAAAAUGGGGGUAAAGGCAGCAAUUAAGGGAAGAUUCCCCCCCCCCCGCACCUCUUUAAAGACACAUUUUAAUUUUAAAGUACCCUUUUUGGCUCAGACAAACUCGUUUUAUUUCACUAUUUCCUGACAACCCGUUUUGAAUUGUUUUUCUUGCUUUCUCAGCGCCUUCCUGAAAAACAGCCUGUACGCGUGUUUUGAAUAGAGCCACAAAAACCCCUUUAGGCUUUAAUUAAAAUAAUACCUAAAGGGAAGAUGUAGCCCAGCUACAGAGGAUCUACUUUUCCCUUCCCGGCAGCCGAAGAGAGUCAACCCUUCUUAAAAAAAAAAAAAGUAACUUUGGGUCAAACUAAGCUCGAACUAUGGUGUUUAGAGCCCCUUUUGGGGUGCAAUAAUGUGAUUACAAGUAUUUGAGGGAACUGUUUAACCCAAAUUUAGAUUUUUGCAAUUUAACCAUUUACAGAUUCCUGGAAAAAAAAAACUUACUUUUACACCUCAACCACAUUUCUUGAGAAUGUGGUAUUACAGGAAUUAUUUUAGUAAAUCUGUCUUUAAAUGACUUGUUGAAAUUUUUUGUUUAAGUAAAAAAAUCUCUCUCCCUGUCAUGUGGACAUGGGGACCCAAAACCCACACAGAUUUGGUAUUUAGAUUAACUAGUUUGGGGUUGUGUAGAUAAUAACCAAGAGAUUUAUAAAUUGAGGAAUUAGUGUAACCAGUUUAUUUGAAGAAUGCCUAUUUUAUCUAAAUUAGCGUGGAAUGCAUCCAAAUUUCUAAAAGACUUCUGAGUAUUUUGGGCAAGAGGUGUAGAUUAGGUGGUGUGAACAAUUGCUCGAAUUCUUCACAACACUGCAUGUGUAAAUACAGAAUUUA